ACCAGUCAUGGCCGUGUCUAGGAGCGGAAGAGCACAUUCGGUCCUUUACUUUAUAAAUACUUGUUACUUCCACAGUAACCUGGUACGGUAGCCACACAGAUAUUAAGUCGCAUACAAAUACUGCAAAUCUCUCCCAGCGUUCAAUCAGCUACACUCAAGCACUUCUCUACCAUUCACUCGUUUACCUAUUCACCCCACAAGCUCUUGUCACCAAUAUGAAGCAUUUCAUUACCCUCGCAGCCGUCCUAGCUCUCGCUGUCGCUGCCCCUACCAAACGCGAAGACGAAGACUGCUGCAAUGACCGUGCGAAAAAUCCGGAAUGGACGGUUCACGGCCUCGACUAUCACGCAUCGUACAUCUUCACAACGCCCGCACACCAGAACUCUUGGGGUUACGUAAACUUCAAUCUAACAAAUACUGCCGUGGAUUACACAGUUGCUUGCAGCGGCGAUAGCGACCAGCUGUCAGACUUCUUCUACGGCAACAUGUGGUACACGUGCGACACCCAAGAGGGCAUACCGCCAGCGUACUUCCGUUACGACAGACCGACUGGGAGGGUGGAUUUGAACCAAACCUGGAUCUGCCCCGACCCGAAAUAUCCCACAACCUACGGAGCGUACGGAAACGCGACAAAGGAGCUAGAAUGCACCGACACGACUUGGCAGAAUUCUAAUUGGACAAUGGGCCAGAUCUACUCGAGCAGAAACGUUGAUUGCAAAUUGGUCGAUUUGGUGGUUGAGCCGUCGGAGAGGUGGGCUGUUGCGUAGAAAAGUGAAAAGCUGGCGUGGAUCAGGCUAAAGGCCAAUAUGAAACGAGUAUUGAUCUUCGUAG